CCCACCUGGUCUCGGCCUCGGGUUUGUUACAAUCCUGAGCCAUGGUGAUGAGCCAAAGUUGCAUUUUGUAGCUUCUACUAUAUCACAAUUGGCUAUAAUAGAAACAGUGGCAGAACGAUAUCAACAAAUCAUUUAAUAAUAAUAAUAAAAAAAUUCAUGACUCUAUUCUUAAUUGCAUAGAGUGACAUGAUCACAGUUAAAAAGGAAAUGUAGACUUCCUCUUUGCCAAGUGAAAACAAGCCAAUCUUACGGAGGCACACCAUCAAAUUUAUGUGAGCCUUAAGUUCAUAUUUAUUACAUAACUUAUUAACAACCAUAGCUAUUAUAUACAUACACACACACACACACAUAUAUAUAUAUAUAUAUAUGAGGAGAAAAAUGGGAGAGAGACAAAAAAACAGGGUAGAGAGGCAGGAAAAGGAGAAAAUUUUGGAGAAGCUAUAGCCCCAAUGAAGGAGAAAAGGCAACACUUAAGUCAAAACAAGUUUCUUCAACAUGGGUGCUUUCUUUUGAUCUCUUUCUUGGCCAUAUUACCUUCAGUUCGAUCUUUCGACUAUGGCAAAGCCCUCUCCAAAAGCCUCCUCUACUUCGAAUCCCAACGCUCCGGCCGGUUACCCUACAACCAAAGGGUCGCCUGGCGCCACCAUUCUGGCCUCAUCGAUGGCCUAGAACAAGGGGUGGACUUGGUGGGAGGGUACUAUGACGCCGGAGACAAUGUGAAAUUUGGUCUGCCGAUGGCAUUCACCGUUACAAUGCUCUCAUGGAGUGUCAUUGAAUAUGGAGAUGAAAUUGCCGGUGCCGGAGAGUAUAGUCACGCGCUUGAGGCUAUCAAAUGGGGAACUGAUUAUUUCAUCAAAGCUCAUACUCACCCAAAUGUCUUGUGGGCUGAGGUGGGUGAUGGUGACACUGAUCAUUACUGUUGGCAGAGGCCGGAGGACAUGACAACAUCCCGGCAAGCCUACAAGGUGGAUGAGAAGAACCCGGGAUCGGAUGUCGCCUGUGAGACGGCAGCGGCUAUGGCGUCAGCCUCCAUUGUGUUUAGGAAAACAAACCCACAUUACUCUCACCUACUAUUGCAACAUGCACAACAGUUGUUUGAGUUUGGAGACAAGUUUAGAGGGAAGUAUGAUGAAAGUGUGAGGGUGGUGAAAGGCUACUAUCCGUCGGUGAGUGGGUUCAAAGAUGAGCUGUUGUGGGCAGCUUUGUGGCUAUACAAGGCCACCGACAAGGAGGAUUAUUUGAGGUAUGCUCUGGAGAAGGCAAAUGAAUUUGGUGGGAUCACUUGGGCCAUUACUGAGUUCAGCUGGGAUGUCAAGUUUGCUGGUGUUCAGAUCAUUGCUUCAAUGUUGUUGAUGGAAGAAAAGCAUAGGAGAAUGAAACACAAGCAUGUAUUGGAACGGUAUCGUUCAAAGGCUGAAUACUACUUGUGUGCUUGCCUUAACAAAAACAAUGUGACCAAUGUGAACCGCACCCCAGGAGGGUUAUUGUACAUUCGUCAAUGGAAUAACAUGCAAUAUGUAUCAAAUGCAGCAUUUCUUCUCACAGUUUACUCUGAUCAUCUUCAUGUCUCAAAUCAACGGUUGAGAUGCGAUCGCGGAGAGGUGGGUCCGGAAGAAGUCUUUGAAUUUGCCAAAUCACAGGUUGAUUACAUCUUGGGUGCUAAUCAAAUGGCCAUGAGUUACUUAGUUGGGUAUGGUUCAAGGUACCCCCAAAGGAUGCACCACAGAGGAGCAUCCAUUGGCUCUUAUAGAGAGAACAAGGGAUUUAUUGGGUGCAUUCAGGGGUAUGAUAAUUGGUUUCAAAGAAAUGAUCCAAACCCUAACGUUGUUAUUGGGGCCCUUGUUGGUGGGCCAGAUAAGAUGGAUCAAUUUAGUGAUGAUAGGAAAAAUUUCAUGCAAACUGAGGCUUGCACCUAUAAUACUGCAAGCCUAGUUGGGGUUUUGGCUAAGCUGCAUGGUUUUGAAAAUGGAGAUUUUAGUGCUCCUUUAGUUCCUUCUAGCUAGCCAAAAACUCAAGUUCUCAAAUGAAAUUGCUCUGACAUUAUAUGCAACCAAUCUUAUGUACAGAGAAAAUGGAAGAACAAAAGAA